AUGCAACAAGGUAGGAAUGGCAAUGCCCGCUGCACUCUGUCGGAGUUCAUGAGGAAUUUGUCCCCAACCUUCAUCCAGGCUGAUGAACCUCUCGAUGUUGACGGCUGGAUUCGCACCUUCGAGGACCUCCUUGCAUUGGUCAAUUGCGAUGAGGAUCCUGGGAAGGUUCUCUAUUACUCUCACUACCUUGGAGCCCCUGCACCCCCGCCAGAUGGCUCUGCUCCCUUGCCCGUCGCUAGAGGCUUUCGUCGUCGAUCUUAUCCUCGGGCUCCAACAGAACAGACGUUGAACGCCUGUAUAAGGAGGCGCCUGAGCGCUUGGAGCACCCCCAUCCUCCUCCCUAGACCCACAGCUAGCUGCCCAGCGCCCCAGUUCGACCGAAGCCGCCCGCCCUGCUCGCCCCCGGCUGCGUCGCCGCCGCCAACAUCCGGACGAAUUCCGGCAAUCCCGAGCCCCUGCCGCUCCAUCUUAGCCACCAGUAGCUCAACCACGUCCCCUAGGAUCCAUCCCCAAUGCAAAAUCGCAUCGGUAGCGAGCCGUAGGCAGAAGCCAGUGCGCCAGAGCCUCCCUUCUGCCUUGGUCGGACGUGUGCUCACUCCCGAGCUCUACGGCGAUUCACAUGCCCUCCAGAGGAUGAGGCCCUUACCCCCAAGGACGCCGGUGUGCCCAGCUCCGGGAAUGGUGCUUCCUAGCGCCAGAAAUUGCCAUCAGCGUUGUCCCUCCCCUCUGCCCGUGCCCGCAAGGGGGAAGAAGACGAACUUGACCGGUGGGUUCAACUUGUCGGAAUAUCCCUGGGAUGGUUCUACGUACUGGAUAUUCAUCAUUGUAAUUGAUAUUAUAAGCCCUUUAUGCGUUGUUGCUCAGACGCCCGACUGUGGUAACUUUUGUUAUUUCAUAUAAGCCGUGUAUGCAGUGUCGCUCAGAUGCCCGACUGUGGCACACAUUUAUUAUUUCAUAUAAUCACUUUAUGAGAGUCCCUCAGACGUCCGAUUGUGGCAACUAUUAUUAUUUCAUAUAAGCCUUGUAUGUCGUGUCGUUGAGAUGCCCGACUGUGGCAUGCAUUUAUUAUUUCAUAUAAGCCAUUUAUAAGGUGUCGCUUAGACGCCCGACUGUGGCAACGCUUAUUACUUUUAUAUAACCCCUUUUUGUGGUGUCGCUUCGGACGCCCAGCUGGAGCACACCUGUUAUUAUUUCAUUAUAAGCCCUCUACGCGACGUCCCUCAGACGUGCGACUGUGGCUUAUAUUGAGUGUCCUUACGAGGGGUCGCCUUAGACGGCCAACCGACACAUUUAAAUUGAUUGUUACCCUUUACCUUGUUUGUUUAUACAUCAUCAGUAUGAAUGAUUUAUCUACACAAUUGCAUCCAUAAUUUAAAUCUUAUGGCAUGCCAGAGUUAUUAAGAUUUUAGUGCAUGCAUCUCACCUGCUUUAACUUAUCUGUUUUCAAGAUGUUUGCGAGUACAUUCAGAGUACUCACCGGCUUGGCCCUGGCUAUUGUCUUGGUAGAUUGCGUAUUUGGAGAGGAACAGGAUAAUAUCAACCCCGGAACCUAGGAGUCAUGGAUAGCAUCCUUGCUUGAUAGGAGUUAUCCAUGUCAACUGUUCCUGUGGGAAUGGAGUCUCAUGGACACUUGAGAUCCACGAGUCGCUUCCGCCGUCAGCCUUUACACCUUUUCUUUACCCCAUGGACCUUUAUGGUCUUGUACCCCAAAUUUUUUAUUUUUCCUUCGAAUUUCUGUAUCAAAUGAGUGUCCACCAGCUAACAGUAAUCCUGGGGCUGCUGAACAGAAGGGCCUGUUUUCUUGGAA